CAAAAAAUAUGUGCUUUGGUAAAAUAGUGGUAACACUACUGACACUUCCAUGGCUUAAUAAUGCCAUGAACAGACGUGAAAUAGAAAUGCUGAAUGGAAACAACACAGUGUUUAUCUUGUACAAGACUCCACCAGACGGACCUCACCAUCAGUUGUGGCAAGUCCUGGAGCACAUCCAGAAGGAGAUUGCUCAGCACACCUCAACUUGCACACCAGGAGAAACAUCUAUAUGCAUUAAAAAAAAUCAGUGCAGCAAGAUAGAAGCACUACCACUUAGUACAUCUCAAAAUGAAAUGGACAACAAUGCUAUUUGCUCAUGGCUCAGAUAUGAUGAAGAAAUAUACCAUGACAUUUUACACCACACUCUCAUCAACAAACCCUCAUCAUUAAAAGUGUGGGGGUUUGGUCUAUGUUCUGUGGCAAUCAUUAGUUUGUCAGGAUUGUUUGGAGGUGUCUUCUGGCCACUAAUCAAUUCCAGUUUCUACAACCACAUGAUGCACAUUCUCAUUGGCCUUGCUGUUGGCUCUCUCUCAGCGACAUCAAUAUUUCAGCUGAUUCCCAAGGGUUUUGAAAUUAAAGAUGAUGAAAACUACCUUGGCAUAGCCACAUUCAUGUGGUGCAGUUUAUGGAUUCUCUACAUGUUUGAAGUUCUGUCCAAGAUUGUGCUUCAUCGAAGAAAUAAUGACCAUGGUGAGCAGCUACCAAUCCAGAGACUCCCAAAUAGUGAUGGUGAUGGGAGCCAAAAUGAGGAAGGACUGCUCUCUAAUUCUACCACACAUUGUACAUCAGUUACAAAGACUAGUGAACAUGCUGUGAACAAUGAGAACCCUACCUCAAAGAAGCCAGUGGCAUACAUGAUCAUAUUUGGUGAUGCUCUACACAACUUCAUUGAUGGGAUGUCUAUUGGUGCAGGAUAUUCAAAGGAUCUGAAUACAGGCCUCAGCAUCAGCAUUGCUAUAGCAUGUGAAGAGUUUCCACAUGAACUAGGUGAUUUUGCAAUUUUAAUCAACUCUGGAAUGCCACUGAAGAAAGCGCUGUUAUACAACUUUCUCUCAGCAUGUACUUCAUUUGGUGGCUUAACACUUGGCAUUAUCAUAGGGGAGUUGGAGACCAGUGUCUACAUCUUUGCUUUUGCAGGCGGCCUGUUCCUCUACGUUUCUCUUGCAGAUUUGAUGCCUGAGUUGAACAGAAUGGUUGAAGAGGAACUUCAUAACAGUAAAGCAUCUGCUCUAGUAGUUCUGCUUCUACAAAAUGGGGGCAUAUUCAUUGGUGUCUCUACCCUUUACCUAAUUACCAAAUAUCCUUUAACAAUAUCAUGAUGAAAUAGAACAACAAAUAAGUGUACUAGAGCAAUGAAUUUAGAUAUGAGAACACAACUACAAUGAUAAUCAUAGGAAUAAGAUGAGUAUGGCCAAUAUAAUUUACUAUUUUACAAGAAGGCAGUUUUGCAAUGUGUAACUAAUUAGAGUGGAACCCACAUUUAAUGUAAAUUUAGGGUCUUCCCUCAUUUAAAAUUCAACUUCACUGACCCGAAGUCAAUAACAUCAGCAUAAAAGUUCCAACAUUUCACGUUUUUCUCAAUUUAGGGUUCCAAUCCAUGGCCCCUCUUCCAAAGAAACCUUAUAAGGGAGUAACACCACACAUUGCAACACUGACAGAAAAAAUUAAAUUAUUAAGAAGGAACAAUACAAAUGACAAAAUAACAUUAAUGUACUUUAUGUUGCCAGGUUUUAGUAUAAUGAACAUGAAAGAAGCUAAACUGUACCACGUCAAGUGCAGUCAUCAUUAACAUGAAGCUUCACAAUAAAAUUACUGUUUGCAUAAUGUCAUCAGUUUAACUUUCAGUCCCAGCAGCUACAUACUACCUUCAAAUAAUACACAGUUUUCCAGUUUUAAAACACGAGGCACUGCAAGUCAGGAAGUCAAAGUGCUGUCUCUGCAAAAUGACAUGUCUGAUAAUUAAUUUUUGAGUCACAAUUAUUUCGAUGCAAAAAUAUUAGCCAUUUCCAUCCUUCUUUCUGUUCCAGUAUGAAAAUUUAUACUCUGUAAUUUCAAUUGAGCUGAUGGGCUUUUCUUGAAUAAAACUUUGAUGUAUGUAUACUUCAUGGCAUAAUUAAUGCACAUUUUUUUAAAGGUUUGUGAUCAAAAACUUGCAUGUGUGAAUGCUCAUGAAUUUAUGAAUAUGCUAUUAUCAUAAGAAAAAUCACAAUGUUCAUAACUGAUCCAUAAAAGUGAAGCACUUUGAGCCUAUUUUUGUAUCUUAGAAAAACAAGUAAGCUUAUGAAAUCAUCAUGCUGUACAUGUGUUUUCUCCCUUUAACUUUUGAACAAGCAGACCAAUUUUCAUGAUGUCUGAUAUGAAUAUUAUAUAUUGAAAGCCAACCAAACGCUGUACUUUGUAUUUCUUGCUGUCAGUAAUAGCACAGCAGAUGCAGGAACUUCUGAGGUAAAAGUGACAUUAGCACUACUUCAUACAGGAUCCCAAAAUUAUGUAUGGUAACAGAGCUUUAGAAAAUAUGCAACUUUGGUUCAGGUACCUUUAUUGUAUAAUGUAUAAAACAACAUGGCAGCCAUGUAAAAUGUUCAUUUAGCUUUCAGUGUGACAGCAAUAACUAAGAAUAAGAUAUUUUACAUGAAGAUAAUUUCAUGUUCCCCUAAAUUUUGUAUGAAAUAUUAUUUAUAUGUCACUAUUUAAAUAUAAGAUGAAGAUGAUGGAGAAAUUUACAUUUUUUAUAAAACAGGACAGAUUUGUAAUUUAAUGCUAUCACUUAAUUUGGGCCAUGAACAUCAUCUACAGGUUGGACUUAAAUCUGGUACAAUAAAUGACACUAUAAAGAGUUCUACAUUUUGGAAGGAUAUAAUGCCAUGUAGUCUGUAGAAAGUCAACUGAUGUUUCAGAGAAACAUGUCACUUCCAUCUUCAGGGUUGAUGAAUAAGCUAAGCAAAAAACCAGCAUAAAUUCAGGUGGCAAGCAAAGCACUACAUUAUACCCUAGAAGACAGAACUCUUCAUAACCACUACUGUGAGAACCUCAAAUCUUACACUUUGCUAAUAUAGAUGGUAAA